AUGUGUGGCCUGGAGAAUGAUGAUGAUGAUGAUGAUAAUGACUAUGAUGAUGAUGAAGAUCAUCAUCAUCAUCAUGAUUCGACUGAGGAAUAUCUAGAGAGGUUUCAACGAGGCCGUGUGGUAGGCGCGGUGGCGGCGGCGGUGGCGUCGGCGGUGUCGGACGGGAUCGAAAAUACGGCGUCGAGCGCGCGCAAACGGUCGUCGUUUUUCCCAGGUCGCGCCGCGGAAAAUCCCCACGAGUCGAACGCCGCCACCGUGCCGGCAGCAGCAGCGGCAGCACAAGCAGCAGCAGCAGUGCCAUUCGAUCCGUGA